AUGACACUGACCGCAGACCGCUAUGCUGCACCCCCACACAAUCACGACACGCUGCCUGAAUACAUAGACUGGCCUCAUAUCUCUCCCCAGAGCGUCGCGAAAAACGUCGAUCUAUCCAAAAGCCACCUUGGCGCCACGCUCGCCGAUGACUUCUCUCCUCAAGACCGGUCGCUCGUAACCUCCAGUAUCCGUAUCUCCGUUGUGGACGUCGAUCUCGAGCGGAUGAGUCUGCUGCUGCCAUAUCCCAACAGUGAUCAUAACUUUGGCGUUCCGUUCACGUUCCAUAUGACGAAAGCUACUAUCUCUCAUUCGGUCGCUAUUCGCUUCGCAAGCGGUGUGAAGGCCGUUAAACGCAUCAUCCCCCGUACUCUCAGAAAAGUCACCUCGCCCGUCUUGCAUCGUCAAUCUGCGGACGCAGCAUCGUAUCCACCACGCCACGCAAGCUUACACAAUCUACUGUCGCCAUCCCAUGACUGUGUAGCCUGUCAAGCGCCAAUUCACGGCGCCCAAGUCCGCCUCUCGUGCGGACACUACUACGACGCAUUAUGCCUCCUCGCGCUCGUCGAAGCCUCCACGCGUGACGAGUCCCUCUUUCCCCCGAGCUGCUGCGGCCAGCACAUUCCCGAAACGUCCUUCCGCCAACACAUGCCGCCCUCGCUCGCAGCAAUCUACGACGAAAAACACGCGGAGCUCAGCACUAUCUGCCGCGUGUACUGCGCGAGCCCUGCCUGCAGCCGCUUUCUCGGCGCACGCGCAGACGAGAGCGCGCCCACCGCCCCUGUGCUCCGCUGCCCCUCCGCCUCAUGUGGCGCACACACCUGCAGCCGCUGCCGCGCCGCGGUGCGCUCCGGCGAGACCCACCGCCACCGCUGCGGGUACGACCGCGCGCAACGGCAGCUGUUCGCACUCGCGAGCGCACAGGGCUGGGCGCGCUGUCCGGCGUGCGAGCACAUGAUCGAGCGGCGCAGCGGGUGCUUCCAGAUGACGUGCGUGUGCGGCGCGCGGUUCUGCUACCUGUGCGGCGCACUGUGGAAGACGUGCGGGUGCGCGCAGUGGGAGCGCGUCGAGCUGUCGUCCUCUGCGUCGUCGGACCUCGCGUCGCUGUCGAGCUCGGCGUCGGACGAAUCGGACGAGUCGAGCCUCCGCACCUCGCUCGCCUCGCUGCAUGCGCAGGGCGCGCCACUACAGCGCGAUCCGCACUGCCGGGCUGCGGCGGACCAUGGGACAGCCCCGUGCAAGUUGUGCAGCUUGGAGGGAUACAUGGACCACGGGAGACACAAGCUGCUGGACGAACGGCCCUUGCCUCCCCUGCCGCCUUGGGACGAAUCGGACAUGUUGGGAUUCUGCCCAUUUGAUGCGAGUUUUGGCGGAAUCCUACAUCGAGGCCUUGUCGCUCAACGGGCGCGGAUGCGCGGGCACGAUGAUCUUUUUCUGACGAACAAAAUGCCGAGCAGUGACUCUUCCAUGUCUGACGACUGGAGUAUCUGUUAA